AGGGGGCGUUAUGUGUAAACAUGCAAUGCGGGGGCGGGGCUAGUGGUGCAAGAUGGCUACAAGUGAUGAUGGGUGGAGUGGAAUGGAGCAGCUCUCCCGUUACCUUCCAUAGGAACAAGGGGAAGAAUGUUGAGCUAACAGAGAGUAACACAGUAGCCACUAGGACUGAGAGCUACGGCUAUGGUAUAGUGUUCACCAGUAAGCCAGUGGUUGUUGGACAGAUGCUCAAGGUCACUAUGACAGAGAGGGGGCACUGUUUCGUUGGUAAAAUGAAUAUUGGCUUCACUGGAGAGAACCCGGAGGACUCGACACUGACACAGUUAACAUAUUUGUACUGGCAAACAAAUCACAAGCAUUUACUGAGUACACACUCCACUGAUCUCCAAUACAAGAACAAGAAACUCUCUGAUCUGGGUUUCCGCACUCUAGAUUUGAGUGUGGGUGAUUCCUUAGGAAUGUUGCUGACGCUGGAGAAGGAGGUCCACUGGUUUGUGAAUGAUGUGUGGAGAGGGUCUGCACGUGUGAAGGAUUACCCCCUGGACACACCUAUGUGGGGGGUCGUGGACGUGUGUGGACGGUGCAAGGCAGAGAUUUGCACUGUGUCCAGGUGCAACCCUGACUCAGAGAGGAGGCUGAGAGAGAUGGGAGUGGCAAUGGCACAGGAUGCAAGACCUAAAGAACGGUCAUUGUUUGCAAGGUUGCUAGGGUUUGGAUCAACUAAGUCACAAGACGAUGUCACUUCAACCUUGCGUUGGGAAAAUGGUCAGCUUCAACAACAACUAACAAGAGCUAAUGAAGAGCUCACACAAUCACGCUCAGACAAUCAACAACUUCAACUGUUGGUGUCAGAAAAAGGCCAAGAAAACACUCGACUACAGCAACAACUAACACUUUCCAUCAACCAACGACAACGAUCUGACACAGAGAACCAACAGCAGAUAGGGACCCUCAGAGGACAAGUGGACGUCCUCCAACGAAGAGUGGCCUCUCUCUCAGCCACCAAUCGUAGCAGCCACCCUCAGGAGGUGGAGUUCUGGCAGGUGUCUCCAGAGGAGGUGUCUAUUAGAGAGGACGAGAUUCUUGGCCGAGGGGCCUGGGGCUACGUUGCCAAGGGAACCUUUAGAGGAACAACGGUGGCCGUCAAACGAGUGUAUCCUGAAAUCCUACGACAGACUACGAUGGAUCGAAUUCGUCGUGAGAUUCGCACCAUGGCUCAGAUUCGCCACCCCAACCUUGUCCUCUUUGUUGCUGCCAUCGUCAACCAGCAAACAGGUCCCAUGAUUGUCACAGAGCUCCUGGAUACCUCUCUACGUUCUGCCUACCAGGACAAUCGUGUUGGUCCCAACAAGCGAAGGAUCUUUGGAGACAUUUCCUCAGCUCUGGUUUAUCUCCACCGACAGAGGGAACCCAUCAUCCACAGAGAUGUGAGCUCUGCUAAUGUCCUCCUUCUCUCUCUACCCAACAACAAAUGGCUUGCCAAACUCUCUGACUUUGGAUCAGCUAACCUAGCUCGAGAUGCCACUACUCCUGGAGAAGGUGCUAUCCUGUACACUGCCCCUGAGGCCUAUCCUCAUCCACCUUCAUCAUCUCAACCACCACCACAACAGACGACAAAGAUUGAUGUGUACAGUUUUGGAGUGCUUGCUUGUGAAGUGGUGACCCGAACAUUUCCGAAAUCUGAACUGUUUUAUCGUCUGCUAUCGAGUAUGGAAGGUGUAUGGUGGGAGCUCCACCCACUCAUCACCUCCUGUGUCUCUCACUCCCCUCAGGACAGACCCUCCAUGGACACUGUGCUACACCACAUCAAACAAUUGGACUCUGAGCCUUAAGGACAUUUAGUGUCAUGUGCAUAUGUGUGAUGUGUCUAUUUUUCUUCAAUUAUUUUUAUGUUUGGUUUAUUUGUGUGAAAUGAUUUUAUUGUAAUAAAGAUGUGUCAACAUGCCGGA